UGUCUUGUGUCGUCAACGCAUGGUGGUCGUUUUCUAAUUUUCUGGUUAGAGAAUGGAUUUUUCAGACGAUGACGAAGAACUUAAUGUUCCCCAGGUGAAGAGGGCGAUUGUUUAUGGGAGCUUAGAGGAGAAGGAAAAGCUUAGACUUGCAGCUAAUAGUUCAUCUGGCUCCUUAGCUUCAGAUGCUAUAAAAGCCGGCAAAGCUGCAGGUAAUAUCAACAUCACAGAAGGAGGUUCUUACGAUAUUGCAGAGAGGGACCCAAACGAAGGACAAGAGGAAUUGAUAGCUACACUUGAGAAAAGGAAGAAAGCAAGACAGAUCCAGGUGUCGACAGACGACUUUGAAGUUAAGGCUAAUCUCAGACAACUAGGAGAGCCGAUAUGUUUGUUUGGAGAAGGUCCAGCUGAGAGAAGAGAGCGUCUCAGAAGAACCUUAGCUGAAUUAGGAUCCGAAGCCACAGGGGCGAUAUUAAGGAAGGGAGAACAGUCAUCUGAAAAGAAAACAAAAGAAGAAGAGAAUGUGACGUGGUAUCAUGAAGGUACUUCUGCACUUAAAGAGGCAAGGAUAUGGAUUGCAAAAUAUUCUAUUCCACGGGCAAAAGAAAGAAUAAAACAACAAAAAGAAGAGAAACUCUUACCAACAGCCAAGAAAAAUGCUCAGCUUCAAGACCUCCACAAGAGAGUUCGAGCGGUCACCAAUGAAUGCAGUCAGAUUGGAGAUGUCAGACCUCUUUCAUAUUGUGAAUUUAGUCCAAAUGGUAAAAUCCUUGCUGUAGCUUCAUGGUCUGGUUUGUGUAAGCUAUGGUCAGUUCCUGAUUGUCAGCUUAUCAGACAGCUAAGGGGACAUAACUGCAAUGUAGGCGCCAUUGUAUUCCAUCCGAAAGCUACAUUGACAAUGGAGGAUAAUGCAUGCUGCAUGGCCUCCUGUAGUCAAGACGGAGCAGUUAAACUUUGGAACCUCGUCAGCGAUGAGCCGGUGGCAGACAUUGAGGGCCACAGUCCAUACAGAGUGUCCCACUUGAAGUAUCACCCCUCGGGUCGAUUCCUUGGGACCUGCUGUUUUGACAACUCUUGGAGACUGUGGGAUUUAGAAGUCCAAGAAGAAAUUCUUCAUCAGGAAGGGCACAGUAAGCCAGUUUAUGACAUUGCCUUCCAAGGUGAUGGUGCCUUAGCAGCAACAGGAGGUCUAGAUGCAUUUGGAAGAGUGUGGGAUCUUAGGACGGGGAGAUGCAUCAUGUUUCUGGAGGGGCAUAUUCAAUCUGUAUUUUCCAUUGACUUUGCAGCUGACGGAUAUCAUGUUGCAACAGGGAGUGAGGAUAACUCGGUGAAAAUCUGGGACUUAAGGCAAAGGAAGUGCAUGUACACUAUUCCUGCUCAUAAAAAUUUAGUGAGCAAAGUGAAAUUCCAACCAAAUCAUGGUAACUAUUUAGUGAGUGCAUCCUAUGAUUGUACAGCAAAGAUCUGGGCUCAUCCAACAUGGGCUCCAUUGAAAACGCUGGCUGGACAUGAGGGGAAAGUAAUGGGAACAGACAUUUCUCCUGACCUGAAGUACAUCGCUACAGUGUCAUAUGACAGAACUUUUAAGUUGUGGACCACAGAAAUGCAGGGUGGAAUUUAACUUUGGCUAUUCAUUGAACCAAUCACAUCAGUUGUUGUUCAAAAGUACCACGUUUAUAUUACUGAAAUCAUUGUUAUAUAUGCCAUGCAAGAUCAUAUUCAUACAUGUUUCAUAGCAUUUUCAUAAAAAAAAAAUUACUAAUAAAAUGAUAUUUUAAAAAGA